AUGGAAAGCAUCCUGAUUGUAGCUAGUUUGUUGAGUUCACGCUGUCCAUUUUCUUGUUGGACAAGCUCGAUAGAAGCAAGAGCCAGAUGGGAUGUUGAGGUCAACAAAGCUGUCACAUAUCACCAAGUGACCUAUGCGGGCUACAAAUGGCCUGACCUUUGCCCCGCAUUUCCAGUGACCCCGGUUCACGUCGUCAAACACCGUCCGGGAGCUACUUCAUUCAAAACUACCACCAGACAGCGCACGCGCGGUGGUCUGUCGAGUGAACAAAGCACCAAAUUGUGCGCGCGCAUGCGUUUGAGUCUGUUCAAGCGCAUGCGUGCACCACAUGGUCCACCAGAAACCGCCGCAUCCACGAAAGCCUAG